AUGGUGGCUGCUGAUAGGAUUAGCCAGUUGCCAGAAGAACUUCUCCUUCUCAUUCUCUCGUUUCUUCCAACUGAAUAUGUUGUUGUCACAAGUCUUGUUUCAAAGAGGUGGAGGCCACUUUGGCUUUCAGUCCCCACCCUCGACUUUGACGAGUUAAGAUACCUUAAUCGACGACCUCGUUAUAGGAAACAACUGGGGUUUGUCAAUUUCAUGUCCACAACCAUUCAGGCACGAGGUUCUCGUCAACCGAUCAAAGAGUUUCGCCUCACCUGUUACUGUGAAGAUCACCUUACGAAGCGAUGGUUAAACGAAGUAAUCCAAUGUGGAGUUGAGAACAUUGAUGUCAAGUGUUACCCUUCGUUCGACUUGCCGAGCAGCAUCUUCAACUGCGCAACACUUGUUGUUCUCAAGCUGCGUUGGCCAUUUUUUGAAAAUAAUGACAUUUCUUCUGUUUACCUUCCAUCCCUUAAAACUCUGCAUUUGAAAAAUGCUGGCUUUUUAAAGCCUCAAAAUUUUAUGGCGCUUCUUUAUGGAUGCCCAAUUCUUGAAAAUCUGGAAGCAAAUACAGUAUUCUUUCUUGACCCUUCAUUUGAAGGGGAAUUUAAAAGUUUUUCCAAGUUGGUAUGA